AUGGAGUGCGGCCACUGCGGUACGCGCUUCGCUGUCCCGCGGGGUGCGCGCACCGUUGAGUGUGCGCGCUGCCGCGGGGUGACGCGCGUCGACCGGCACGGCGCCGUCGGCUUCGUCAGGAACAUGUUCAGCAACAUAGCCGGCGGUGGCCGCACGAAGCCGCAUCCAGGAUACCCGAGAGUCCAAGGCAACAAGCGCGCCCUCCUGGUGGGCAUCAACUACACUGGAACGGCCUCCCAGCUGAACGGCCCCAUCAACGACGUCAAGUGCAUGAGCUUCCUGCUCUCCAUCAAGUAUGCUUUUCCAAGCGACUCCAUUCUCAUCCUUACAGAUGAACAGGUCGACCCCUACAGGAGGCCAACAAGAUCCAACAUCCUAGUGGCCAUGCGGUGGCUGGUACAAGACUGCAGCUCUGGGGACUCUCUUGUCUUCCACUUCUCCGGCCACGGUAAUCAGGUGGAAGACGACGACGGCGAUGAAUUGGACGGCCAAGACGAGACCAUCUGCCCGCUCGACUGGGAGCAGAACGGCCAAAUCCGGGACGAUGAGAUCAACGAGACCAUCGUCCGCCCGCUCGUGCACGGCGUCAGGCUCCACGCCAUCAUCGACGCCUGCCGCAGCGGCACCGUCCUUGAUCUCCCCAACCUUUGCCAGAUCAAAAGGUAUGGGAAACCCCAGUGGACUGAUCACAGCCCUCUAAACGGUGCCUCGAAGAAUACGAGCGGCGGUCACGCCAUCCUCAUCAGCGGCUGCGCUGAGAACGACAAUUCGCAAGACGGUUCCGACGACGAGACCAUGGUCAUAGGAGCCCUGACGUACAGCCUCUUCGCCGCGGCGUGGUCCGCACAUCGGCCGCUCACCUACGGCCAGCUGCUUUCAAAGACAAAGGCCAUCAUCGCUGACUGCAACAAGGACAGCCAGAGCCACUGCAACCUCCCCGCGGCGAUUGCCCCGCACGUCCGAGAGGUGGUGAACUUCAGUGGCGUGCAGGAGCCUCAGCUGUCAUCCUCCGACAAGUUUGACAUCAACCGGACGACGUUCAUGCUAUAAACUGCGCCAAUACUGUCAGCUAAAUGCCUACUCCACUACACAAGAAGAGAAUAUGCUCGUUGAAUAAUUCCAUCAUGCUCUUUUUCAGUGAGUCGAUGGACGUCAGCUAUCAUACUACCAUAUUACCCACGAAUAAAAUAUAAUGUACU